GAUCUUUGUCGCCGUUCUGCCUCUCGUCUGCGCGACAUCCAUCGAUCACAACAGUGCUCCUGGCGCGGAGACCCUUUCCAGAAAUCAAUCGUAUACCCUCUCACCAUCAGCAUGCUACCACCUGGAAACUUCUUCCCCGCCCUCAUCGUCUUCCACCUCUUCGCCCUCCACAUGCCCAUCACUCUUUCGGGACUCAUCGAUGCGCCUUUCGGCAAAUUCGCAAGCCAUGGCAGUCGCCUGAAUAUCAAUGGUAAUCUCGGAUGGGCCGCCAUGGAGAUAGUCUCGCCUGUGACAUUCAUGGUUGCUCUCUACACACAUGAAUACCCUCCUCUGAAUCUUUCAGCAAGGAUACUUCAGGUGAGCACUCCUUUCAGGAGCAACAAGGCUACAGCUGGUUCAUAUGUUUGGACAUGAUUUGAUGAUGCGUCUUCACAUCUACAGGUCCUCUAUACGGUCCACUAUGCCCACCGAGCCAUAAUAUCACCCCUCAUUCUUUCUCCGUCCCGAUCUCCAUUGCACAUCAGUGUAGCAAUUUCAGCCGUGGUCUUCAAUCUGAUGUGCGUUGUCACCGGGGGACCCCUGAUAUAGCUCGAAGAGUGCGAUUGAUUUAUAUAUUAGCAAUGGCUACCUUUUGGCCCUUGGUUUGGCUUUCUAUCCACCUCGGGAGGAAUUGACCUGGAAGUUCAUACUGGGGGUAUGUGCUUGGGCAGUCGGGUUCGUUGGAAACAUUGUCCAUGAUGAGAUUCUCAAUGAUCUCCGUAGACCCCCAG